AUGGAUAAAGAGUUUGUGUAAUUUAAAUUUAGUAUUAUAAUAGAUAUAAUAUUGAAAAUGGCAACUAUUAUGUGUUAGAUUUUGUGAAUCAGAGAGUUUAGCAAACAAAUUCAAGAGGAAAAUUCCCAGAAAAUUUUACUCCUCUUAUUAGUGGAUUUUGUAAUUCUAAACAAAGAAAAUUGAGAUUGUAAUAUCACAAUUCUGUUUCAUAUACACCUCACCAAAAUAAGUAUUUUGGUUAUUGUUAAUGCCCUAAUUAAAAAGUUAAGCCUACAUCAUAAGAAAAGGUUUGCAUAAUUAAUAAGACCUCAGACCGAACAAAUGUUAUAAAAUAAUCUUUGCCUGUAAAUCUUAACAACUGUUUUAAUAAACCAAAAACUCCAAACAUUACAUAAACCUCAAGCACAAAUCCUUUAAGAUAUAGAGUAUCAGAAAAUAAUUUUGAUGAUAAUCUCAUUAAUCAUCUAAGUGCUAGUCUGAAAGAUGCAUCUUAAGUAUAUAAAUCUGGAUCAAUUGAAUCUAUGAAAUAUAGAAAAGGAACAAAAAUUAUGGAUAAAUAAGUGAAGUUAAAAAAUUAAGAACCUGAUUAAUUAAGAUUUACAUGCAGAUACUUAAACAAUAAGAAAGUUAAAUCUCCUCCAUAUAAAGUAAUGCAAAGAUAUGAUAUAAUAAAUAAAAUAAAUCAAGAAUAAGAUCGGAAAAUAGCAAAAUCUAUUGAUGAUAAGCUCAUUAAAAGAAUUCCUCCUGUUCCUCAUCUUUAGACUUUGCCUUCAAGAUUUUAACAUAAAUCAUAUAAAAAUGUGGACAUUUCAUUAUCUCAUUCAAUUGAAGCUCAAAAAAUUAAGGCAUUUAUUUCUUAAAGAUGA